AUGCCAUUAACGGAUGUUGAUAAUGAAGAGCUCAUUCGAACACUAACAGAUAAUUUUAAUAUUCUGGCAGAUCAAUUUCAGGUACUCAGCGACCGGAAUUUGAUCUUGACUUCCAAGCUUUCGUAUGGACAACAGGAAUAUCAACGCUUGGCGGACAAAUAUGCUCCUGGUGAUGCUGAAGUCUCAAGCACAUUAGCCAAGCUGCAGCUGCUACCGGAUCUACAGAUUUCUACACCCGAUCGUGCCGGCUUUGUUCCGCUUCCACAACGAAAACAGACGAGCACGAAUGUCCAGACAGCAGUUGCAAUUAGAGACGGCAGACGGGCGGCACAGCGUCUUGCUCAACUUACACGAAGGUCGACCGGAUCUACAGUUAGUGGAAGAAGUAUAUCCGGGACGAGCAGUCUGAGGUUUUCGGCUCGAAAGACAUCUCUAUCAACCGUCCUUGAACAAGACUUCACCGUUCAAGGGAAAAAGAGCUCUCUGCUGUGCCCCUACGCACGAACACACGACAACAAUAAACCACAUAUGGAAAACCAAGCAUCCCAGGGUUCUGUCACGUUGAACUCUGAUGGACCUUUGACUCCAGCAGAUUUACAAGACAGAACUCCACAUCAGUCUUCAGACCCUAUCUGCGCAGCUAUGUAUGCAGAAACGAUGGCUUCCCCACCCCCAUCUGCGACUGGUUCCGCAGCGAAAUGCCCCAUCCGUUAUUUGGACCAGCAUUCCCCAGAAGAGGUCGCUCGAUAUUUCGAAACUCAUAAGCACGAGAUCCCGCGAAGUCAUGAGGUAUGUGUGAAGCGGUAUCAAAGGAACGAGGAAGACAUCAGAAAGCUAGAUGCGAAGUACGGAAAUCUUGUUAGUAUGAUUCAAGGGCUAGGUCAGAAGCAUCAACCAAUGCUUCCGAGUAAUGAGGAGGACGAAGCUCUGGAAGUAGAGCGUGGCUCUAAUGAGAGAGUGGAGAAUUGGGCAAAUGCUGUCAGUGCGGAUGGAGUUGGGGUCGAAGACGAGCCUCUGGUACAAAACGAAGAAGACCGGGAGUCUCGAUUUGAUAGACCUCUGAAAGAGAUCCGAGUUGGCGAAUCGCCCAGUCGACCUUGGGGUAUCUCUGUACCGAUCCUUGAACCACCAGAUGGACAACGACCUGUUUCCCCGCCGCCAGCGCCUAUUUCAGACGAGCACAUACCAAAACCAGCUGGAAAAUGUCCCUUCGGCCACGAACAGCAAAAAGAAGUUCAAGAAGAGCAAGAACAGCCUCAAGAACGACCAGCGGGUAAAUGUCCUUUCCCCCAUGCUGAAAAGACCAGAGAGGUACCUAGAGAGCAACCCAACACUACCUACCAACCAGCUUCAACUAUGUACCAUGAUCAACCUGCUUUCAUACAACCACCGGAGAUCCCAAAAGGCAAUGGGAUUCCACAAAUGAUCUUUACUGGACCGGUCUUCAUUGGAUAUCCGAUGGACCAAGCGAUGGCUUUUAUGCAGCAAUUCAGAGGAACGCAAUGA